GUCGCUGUAAUUUAGUUGAGUGCGGAGCAAAUCAUUUGAGUCCUUGGAACUUACAUUUGACGCAAUGAGCUGGUGUUGAAUUACACGAGUCGUGAUUCAAGCGGUCACUCGAUGGGACAGAACAGUGAUUAACAUCAAUAUCAUCCUGACUUUUCUGGUUCGAGUGACUUCAAAAAGAGCGAAAUCGGGGUCACUCCAUUCAUCGUGCGUCGAGGAUCGAAAAAUUCAUUAUUGUCAUUCGGCGCUAUGUUGCGUUUUGCUGUUGUCCUUUCCCUCAUCUGUGGAGUUUUUGCCAUUGAUUGCGAGGAGCACGAUCGCAAUGAGACCGAGGAAAUACAGCUGGGAAUCGUCAUCUCGCCCAUCAUGACGGCCCAGAUGAUUCGGGAAAUCGGAAUUUAUUGGAAGAAUUCAAAAUUGAGAAAUGGAGAUACUAUUGGACUUUACGAGGAUCAUCCCGGCGCUGCUACUCUGCUGGUUUUUGAAUUUCGACCGGAUGUCACUCAUGGCUUCAAGAAGACUGGUAUCAGUGCCGAUUUCAUUCCAACUGCCAAUUUAACGUUCGAGGAAACUUGUUUAAAGUAUCACGUGAAUUUCGUUCGAAAUAAUACAAUAAUAAAAUCAAAUUGUUUAUCGACGCAUCCAACGUGGAUGGCCCAGCGUAAAUCAUCUCUGGAGAAAUUGAGGAUGAGAGAAAUUUUUCUGCCAGGAACUCAUGAUUCCGCUGCUUACGCUAAACAUGAGGGCUCUCAGUUUUCAUUGAUUGUUGAUAAAUAUACAAUUACCCAGGAUGAGGAUGUGCUAGCGCAGUUGAUCUAUGGUGCAAGGUAUUUGGAUAUUCGAGUCGGUCGAUACCCGAAUCAUCAGCAUGAGUUUUGGGGAAAUCAUGGGCCUUUCAGGAUCGUCCCUCUGAAAUUCGUCAUCGAUGCGGUCAAGACUUUUCUAGAUAACACGGAUGAAAUCGUUAUUUUCGAUGUGCAGGAGUUUCCGACAGGAUUUAAAAGUAUGGCAGCGCACAAUCAACUAGUUGACUACCUCGAAAAGCAGUUCGCAGACUAUUUUAUGAGACGACCGACGGGGCUCUGGAAAACGAGUUUAGGGGAGAUCUGGGCAUCACGGAAAAGACUAAUAAUCGGAUACGACUACAACAGCAUUGUCACCAAGAGAACGAGUGUCUGGCCUCAAGUUGCCCAGCAGUGGGGUAAUGUACAAACGAUUGAUGCUCUCUACAGGCACUUGAACAAGAUUGAGAGACUGGCAUCCGAGGACACACUCACAUCGAACCCUCAAUCACAACCAAGAGCUGCAAUGGCCCAGUUAACACCGACAACCGUCGACGUAAUCUUCAACCGUCUCGGCGGUCUUCGUAAAAUGGCUGAGAACGUUGAUAUUAAUGUAACAGAGUGGUACAAUGAAGAAUGGCAGCACACUGCCAAUGUCGUUGCUGUUGAUUUCAUCAAGGCCACGGGAAUUGUUGAAACCGCCAUCGAAUGGAAUGACAAACGCGCCGCUGGAUGCUAAAACCAUUAGACUGAUGAUCUCACCUUCAGUCCAUCCAACUCAUCUCACGUACAAAUUUCCUCGAAUUUUUUUUUAUAUUUAUCCGAAAACAAGCCCGGUGAUAAGUUAAUUAUCUCGUUCUAGCCGAAAAAUACAAUUCAACCAACUUAUCACACAUACCUUAUCAUGUAUGCAGGAGUGUCGUAGGUGUAAGGGCUAUUCUGGAAUUGCCUUGCGUUAUACUCCUACACUUCGCAACGUAAUUCCAAUUUUUUUUUUCAUUUGAGUUGCGUUACCACAUUGGUAUGGGAUCACUGAUAAGAGGUACCGAUUUUCCACGAUAUUAAAGUGAUACAUCGAUCCUCUUGCAUCGCGAUCAUACCAUCCGGCCGGAUGCUAAUAUAAUGGGGAAUAAUGUUCCCAAGGUGACUGUUUGUUUUCACGAUUAUUAUCGAGUGCAGAAUGUCGUUAGCUGGGUUACUGCGAUGUUCAAUAAACGAGAUGAUUCAGUCUACCUGCAGAUGCCCAACAAUUCUAGCUUUAUUUGUUAAUUAUUUAUUUAAUGAAAUCAUUACGAUAUUUUGAGAGGAUGAUUUGGGUUUUAUUGGGAUGUGUUACAGCAGUGACGAGUGAUUAUGUUAAUUUUUACGUCAAUGACAACAGAGCUGGCAAUAUUCUGGCGUGUCCCCAGGAUAAACUGUGCACACCCAUCGAUUAUUGUCGUGAUAUUUUGUCAUUGGUGAACGAAGGGACUUUGCCAGUUCACAGGUGAUUUUUUUUGUUCUCUUGAUAAGGAAAAUCUUGUAAUUAUGAAGAAUAAAUUUGAUCAUGACAUGAGA